AUGUCUUUUGUCACUGUUACAUAUCAAGACUUUUCACGUCGACCAACAUCAUCAUCAUCAAAUCUCGCAGCUUCCGGUAUUUUAUCUAAUCGUCGUUCUGUGGCUGCUCCAAGAUUUUUACCUAUUCUUCAACCGCCACAACUUCCAAAACGAGCCGAUUUAAUUACUGACGACAAAAAGAAGAAACAAAAAAAGAAAAAACAUGAUAGUUCAACAACGUUGAAUUAUGAUAGAAAUAGAAAAGUAAUAGAACAAAUAUCAGUUCGAACUCCGAUACUUAUUUCACGACACAGUUAUGUUAAUCAACCAUUAAUACGUCAAUUUUCUCGACCUAUUCGAUAUGUCGAACCAGAAUAUUCAUAUUUUUAUUCCAAUUGGUAA